GCUAAAUUCGUGUUGUGUGUGGUGUGGUGAUUACGGCUUUCUUCUUUGUAUUUUACAGAUGUUGAAUAGAUUCUCUAAUCGUUUUAACAUUGAGGAUUUAUUUGAUGCCAUGCGCCCCGUUCAAGACCAAAGCCGUCGGUUUCGCUCAUCCUAACGUUUGGCAAGAAUGGCCGCGUCGGCCUCUGAAAUAGAAGACUUCUUGAGUGGGCCCCUAGUUUCGUGGCUGAAAUCAUGCCUUCCAAAUCCAGACCUUGUCACAGAAUAUCAAUCCCUCUUCGAUGGCGAUAUCUUGCACCAACUGUACCUUCAGAUAGACCCCGAACCAUCGUUUCACAUCACAAAACUAGCUGGUUUGGAAGACCAAGCUCUUAUACUUGGUCAGAUCAAAAACUUUGAUGCUAUAGUGAAAAAUGUUAAAACAUUGUAUGAGGAAGAACUGGGUAUGACUUUACUUGUUGUCCCAGAGUGUAUUUGUAUGGGGAAAACUCCUGAGUCACGGGAAGGUUUAGAAAAUAUGAAGCUUCUAAUACUACUUCUGUUAGGAGCAGCUGUUCAGUGUCCAAAUAAAGAGUUGUUUAUAACACAAAUCAAGGAGUUGGAUGUGGAACUACAGCACAACAUUGUGGAAUGCAUCAAACAGGUGACCGACAUGCAAACCGUUGUGCUUACACCAGACGCGAUAGACCUUUUUCAGUCGCCGACUCUGUUCAAUCACAUGCGGCGAUUGGCCAAGGAGAGAGACCAUUACUUGUUAAACUGGGCCUCUUUGGUCCUGAACGAGGGUUUGUGCGACACUGAUAACGAGAACAAGCAAGCAAAGAGUCGCUCGACGCAGAAUGUCAAUCAGAAUAAUGGGGAGAGUCAACAUCUGGCAGUGGAAUUGGCUGAUUGGAAGGCGCGACUGCGAAAGCAAAGACAGGAAUUGGAAGAAAAAUCAGAGCAAUUGUCAGAAUGUCGUGAGGAACUGGAACACACUAAACUGGUCUUGAACAAACUUCGGGCCGACAGUCAGGAAUGGUUCAACGAAGCGAGGAAAUCUGCAGGAUACAGAGAUGAAGUUGAUGCACUCAGGGAGAAAGCAGAAAGAUGUGAUAGAUUAGAGCAGGAGAUGCAACGCUACCGCGAUCGUCUCGCUGAUGCGGAGUAUUAUAAGACAAGAGUAAUGGAGCUGAGAGAAGACAAUAAAGCACUAAUGGAAACCAGAGAUGCCUUAGAGGAACAAUUGCAAAGGGCGCGGAAGCGGGCAGAACAAUGCCUGACAUUGGAAGCCGCCAUGAUUAAGUUGAAAAGAGAAGCCAAUGAUAUAGCUUUGGAAAGGGAUGCAGAUCAACAAAAGAUUCAGGAGCUUAUUGAAGAAAAUAAUCAUUUACAGUAUAUUACUAAAUCUGUACUUAGUGAGAGCAACAAUAGCAACUUAGAUACUGAUAAUGAAUGCGAGAGCACUCUAGAAUCUGGUGAAAAUAGUUUAUCUGAGCAACUCACAAGCAAUGCACAAGCAAGGGCCCUAAAACUUGAAUUAGAAAACAAAAGGUUAUUGUCCACCAUUGAUAACUUGAGAGAACAGUCUCUGCUAGAAAGCAGUGAUAAAUUAUUGGAAUUAGAAAAAGAAAAGAAAAAGUUAAGUUUGAAAUGGGAGCAAUUACAAGAGAAUUGUAAUAGGUUAAUGCAACAAAAUUCUGAGUUGGAAGAUGUUUUCAAAAAUGCGUUGGAAGAAAAUAGGAAAUUACAAGACUCAUUGGAUAGUCAAAAAGCAUUUAUAGAUCGGCAGUCUAUUGAUAGAGAAUCAGAGAAAAAUAAACUACAAGACUUUGAAAAGCAUUUAGAGUCUUUGACCAAAGAUAAACAACGAAUUCAAAUGUUAUGCGAUUCGAUACAAAGGAGAGCUGAUGAUUUAGAAAAAACAUUGGAUGCGAGGACGAAAGAAUUAAACAUUUUGAAACCAGAAGCCGAUAAAGUAACAGCAUUAAUAAUACAAACUGAAGAGCUAAAAACUAAAUUAACUUACAGCGAAAAGGAAGCACAUAACCUUCAAAGAGAAGUAAAUAAAUUAAGAGAAGCAAUAGAAGAAAAGGAUGUAAUACUUGAUAAAAUUUCAACAGAAAUUGAGUUGAAGAAAAAAGAAAUAGAAAGACUUACCAGAGAAAUAGAAAUUGGUCAAAACACUAUUCAUAAACUUCAAGAUUUAGAACAAAAAGCUCAAGAAUUAAAAUCGCAAAAGAAAGUAGAUUCUGAAACUAUACAAACAUUACAAAAAGAUUUAAUUUCCGAAAAAGUUAAUUUCGAUAGAUUGAGAAAUUGUAUGGAGAAAAUUGGUAUCAGUGUUUCUGAAAUAAUUUCUAAGGAAGUAAGCGUGGAAGAUUUACUAGAAAAAAUUAUCACAAAUGCUGAUCAUGAAGGUUUAAUAUCAGAAAUAGCUGCUAAAGCCAACUUAAUGAAAUUGGUUCCUUGCAGUUGUGAUGUUAAAGAAAAAUUGGAUGAUAUAAAUGAAAGUUUAGUCAAUCCUCAAAUAGAGCAACUAACUUCAGAUUUAGCAGCAUUGCAAGCUUCUCUAGAAAACAGUCAAGCCGAAAAUGCAAAACUACAAGUAAAUAUUGCCACAUUAAAUUCUCAAAAUGGUUCUCUAAUAUCUCAACAAAUGACCUUACAAUUAGCUAAUAGCCAAUUAGCUGCAGAAAAAGAAGAAGUUAUUAAACAGUUGGACGUGUUGAAAGAUAAACAAGACAAUUUGUUAAGGGAUCAAGUUGCUUUACAGACUCUUCAUGAGCAAUUAAACAGUGAGUAUGAAUUAUUGCUUAGUGAAAGAGAACCAGUGAAAAUUUCUCUUAGAGAUAUAAAGUUAGAAAAUCGAGAAUUGAAAGAAAAAAUAGAAAUAGCUGAAAAAAGAUUGGCAGAUUUUGAAAUGGAAAGAGAAAACUUGAAAAUAGAAUCACGUAAUUUAACAAAUCUCAGGGCUGAACAUUCAAAACUAAAGGACGAUUUCAGAAAUCUAUUUACAGCUAGUGACAGACUGAAAAAUGAGUAUAGAAAUAUGCAAGAAGAAUACAGAAAUCUUAGGAGUGAAGUUACACAACUGAAGUUAAGAAAUACUGAAAUGUCCGGAGAUAUAAAUACUAAGUUAGAAAUAAUAACAAGUAUGGAAUUAGAAAUAAAUAAAACAAAUCAACAUUGUGAAAUGUUGGUGCAAAUGAAUAAAAGCUUAGAUGCUGAUAGGCGAUCUCUGAUGGAUCAUGUAUCUCAACUUCUGACUCAAUACCACGAGUUGCUAGCACAUUCUUUGAAAGACAAACAGCAUUAUCAUGAGGAAGAAAAGAUGUUUGCUGAUAAAGUGAACGCCCUGUGCCGCCAGAAAGAAAAAUUAGAGGAAAAGAUAAUGGAACAUUAUAAAAAGCUCGAUAAUUGUACAACAAAACGCCGCGGCUUUGGCGCUUCGUUUGUCAAAAGAGUUCGUAAGGCUGGUACCGAUUUGAUAAAUAAAGUACCGUCGAGGAAUAAUAAGAGGAUAGACGAUGCGAAUCGUUCCAAAUCGCAGUUGACCUUAGCCGGGUCUGAAUCUGGUGAAUCGGAUCCGGGUAGCCAAGAUAUUGAGAAGGUAUCCAAAACUUCUGACCAAGAUCCCGGAUCUUCAAAUCCGAGCGUGGAAUCGCCUAGGCACAGUUCAGACUCUAGUUUUAGUCGAAGGUUCGAAGAGAAGCUUCUGAAGAAAUCCGACAAUGCCGAUAUUAGUGGUUCUAUCCCAAGUUUGGACUCAAGGCUGACUAAUGAGAACAGUUUUGUUAGACGGCUAUCGACUACAUCGAUGCAUAGUGGCGGAGGGGACGAUGCACUCAUAAGAGCAUCUUUGAGGAGGCGACCGCAUAAGAAUUUGCCGUCUUCACAUCGCAACAGCUAUCAAGGACUGGAAGGCGACACGGGACUGCCAGCAGUGAGUACGCCUUCUCCGGUAUUCGGCACGGCCGGCACUCGGCGCACCGUAUACGUGGCUGACGACAAUCCCGACGUCACUUUGAACUCCAAGCCGCAGAGCACCCCUAUCAAAGAGAAUCCGACGUAUUUAGUAUACAACCGGAUUUCCACGGUCAUCGGCGACGGCGCGUGUCAAAACAUUAAUAAUAGUUCAAGUGAUCUUCAGAGAAAUGCUUCAGACCACUCGCGCGCAGUCGACGAUAACAUACAAGAUUCUGAGAUACGACACGACAGAAGAGCUCCCAGCCGCAACGAGAAAGAGAGGGAUAAUUCAAAAGAGUCCGCGAUAUGGUACGAAUAUGGUUGUGUGUAAUGAGAUGAUUGGGAAUGCUUAAUCAGACUGAUAAGUUGCCUUGAAUUUUGAUAUCUUUACCGUUUACGGUGUGAUUGAAUUGAUGUGAUUGGAAUGUUGAUAUAUUGGGAGUUAUAUUGAAUAAUAAUGUGAUGGAAUAAUGUAUCGUAAUGACAGUAUUAGCUUGGCAUUUAAUUCGAGUUCUAUUUUUAGACCUGCAAUUUUAGCUAUUUAUCCCUUGACAUAUUUUUUCUAUUUUAUGUGAAAUAGGUUUUGUUCGAUUUAUUGCAUUAUCAACAAAUACAAAUAAUUAAUAAUCUGUUUGUAUUUUCGGCGGAACCAUCAGGUGCAAAGCAUCAGAAUAUGAUUGAUUGCUUGUAGGUAUUCAAAUUGAGUACCUGUUUAUAUAUUGUCCAACCAUUUAUUUUAAUUCAGCCGAUAGUUCAUUUAGUGUCAGGUAAAUAAGUAACGAUAUUGGUAGAUAAAUGAGUUUCAAAAUAUUUAUAAACAUGUAUUUAAAAGUUUAUUUUCUCCAAACGUUAAACAAACGUAGGACGUGACUGCAGCCAGAGCUUUCAAAAACCAAAUGAACAAAUGGACAAGGUACAAUUAUAGCUGAUUUCUUUCGGGUUUCAUGGUCAAUGCAAAUUUGCUGUCAGUUUAAUUUAAAACAAAUCUUACAUUUUUUAACCUAUACGUAAUUAUAUUUUAUAUGUAAAUAGUCAGUACAUGUGUUUGCGCAUGAUGAGAACACUCUCUUUUAUGCUUGUGAUCAUUUACAAUAUCGAUCACAAGUUAUCAAAUCGUUGCUAUUGAGCACUUAGAUGGAACAUCACGAAUGCAAUUAGAAAACAGCUUGACACAAAUAUCUCUCUAUGACGUAAGAAAAUGUAUUUAAAGCUACCCGUUUCAAUUUAAUGACAUUCAUACUCUUUACUCAUAGUACAAUUUAUGACUAAUUGAUAUUAUUUUUAUAAUCAAGUAAAACAAUUACAUGUAUCAUCCGUAUUCAUUAAGAUUUUGCUAAUAUUACCUAUCCUAAUAUCAUAAUAGUCCAAGUAUUUUUGAACUUCCGCCAAUAAACUAUACGAAAGAUCUAUGCUUCAUUAAAUUAAGUUUACGUUCUUUUUGAGGCCUUUUCUUAUGCUUUUUUUUUGACAAGACUGCAUCAUGUUCCGCACCCAUUAUAGUACUGUUAAAAUAUUAAAAUAAAAUAACAGAAAUACCCUACAUGUUAGGAGGGAUCCAUAGGAAUUUUCGUGAAUAUUCCAUACUUAAUCGCGCUUUAGGUUUUUAGUUAUUUACACAGAUAUAACUUUUAUGUUCGCGGUUAUUAUUGUUUUGAUCACGCGAAACUAGUUUAAAUAGGAUCUUAUGAUUUCGAGGCUCACAAUGCAUUGUAAAUAAUAUUAAUAGGUAUUAUACUUACACUUGAUCAUAAAUAAAGACGCCCAGUAAUAUAUUGAGGGGUCCCUUGCCAGUGAUUCUGUGACUUAAUUUUUAAACUAUUUUAAGUUUUAUACCAAUCGAAUUCUACUCAAAGGCAUAAUUAGUACUUGCACAAAUAUUUUUUAUUAUUAUUUAUUUCGUAAAAGUGUUUAAUUAUAAAUUAGUUAUUAAGAUGCGAGUACUUAGUUUGUAAUUUAGUUCAGUACAAAAAAUAAUUAUUAUUAUGGCCUUACGUAUGUUUGAAAUGUAUUUAUACAAUCUCUUAUACUCAUUGUGUUAAUGUAAUAUAAAAUUAAAUAUGUAGUGAUAUUAUUUUCAUUUUCGCUGCAAUUAUUAGUGCCUUAUAUUUAUAACUCUUGUAAGCACCAUUACCAAGACAUUCAGUUUUUUUCAAAAACUAUAUUAUGUGGUACUAAAAUGAUGGUGCUCUUCAGUAUUUUCCAUUUCCUUUAAAAUAUGCAACUGUUAAGUAAAUGUUAAAAUAUGCUUUUAUGACAAUUAGUUUUUUUAAGAUGUUUUUGUCUAUUAAACAUUGUAUUUCUGUACAAUAAUAAAUAGCCUCUCACCGAAUUUAUGUAAAAGCACAUGACCUUAAUACAGGAUAUUUCGAAAUAAAAUCAUAAGAUAAGA